AUGGCCGAACACGCGGCAGCGGUGCGCAAAAAUGACGCCAGCUCUCAGGUUGCGGCUCAGUCGACGGGUUUCGGCCACACAUUCAAAAUUGAUGAGGCCGAAAUUCUCGCAAGAGGUGACAACCGAGUGAGCCGAGAGCUGCUUGAGUCAUGGUUUACUGGUCCCCAGUCUAUUAACAAGUGCAAUGAUCUUCCCAUUCAAUACACCGUGUUGAGACUUCGUCUAGGCGGAGUAAUUGACCACCCGGGGAGCGUACAGGUGAACACUCUUCCCAACACCCGGGUCAGCGCGUCAGAUGGUCGAGAAAUCAUCACACCAACAUCCAACGCACGUGAUGAAAUUGCAGCAAUUAACAACACCAAUGUCGGUCCUCACGCCAUGUGCAACGAUCCCUGA